AUCAGUUGGAAGUCUAAGUAUAAUAGAGUGACAUUUCUGUAACUUUCAUGAUUUUACAGAAUUACUGAGCUGACAGAUUAAAUCUACAUACAUUCCUUGGAAAUCAGUAACCUGACAUUACAUCCUACUGAUAUGGAUUUCUUGCAGAUCCCAGACAAAAAAAGUGAUAAUCAGGAGGACUUAACAGCAGUUAGAGAGAGCACCCCUGACUUCAGCAGCCUCUACAGCAAAGAUCUGCUUCCAAAAUCAGGAGCUGAGGAGAUGACCAGGGGAUUUCUGCAGGAGUUGUUCAACAUCCUACUGAGUUACAUCUGCAAAUCAAGUCAAAGAAGCUCAAAGGUCCUGGACUUCCAUCAUCCACACCAGCUGAAGGAGGGACUUGAAGGCUUCAAUCUGGAUGUGCCUGACCAGCCAGAAACACUUGAGCAGUUACUUGUAGACUGUAGAGACACACUAAAGUAUGGUGUCAAUACAGGCCAUCCCCGUUUCUUCAAUCAGUUGUCCUCAGGUUUGGAUGUGAUUGGUCUUGCUGGGGAGUGGUUGACCUCUACAGCUAACACUAACAUGUUCACAUAUGAGGUGUCUCCUGUUUUUAUCCUCAUGGAAGAGGCUCUUCUGAAGAAAAUGCAGCAAAUUGUGGGAUGGUCUGGUGAUGAGGGAGAUGGACUCUUCUGUCCAGGAGGCACGAUAUCCAACUUGUAUAGCAUACUGGUGGCAAGAUACUACUUCUACCCUGAGGUUAAGACCAGAGGGAUGGGAGCUCUGCCUCAGCUGGCCCUUUUUACUUCAGAACAUAGUCACUAUUCUCUAAAGAAAUCUGCUGCUGUGCUGGGGAUGGGCAGUGAGAAUGUGGUCCUUGUGAAAUGUGAUGAAAGAGGCAAAAUGAUUCCCAUUGAACUUGAGGCUGCCAUUAUUGCAGCAGAAAAAAAGGGUUUGGUUCCAUUCUAUGUGAAUGCGACAGCUGGCACAACAGUGUAUGGAGCCUUUGAUCCUAUUAAUGCCAUUGCAGAUAUCUGCCAAAGACGAACACUGUGGAUGCAUGUGGAUCAGGCAGCAUGGGGUGGAAGCCUGCUGAUGUCAGACAGACACAAGAUGAAACUACAGGGUAUUGGACGAGCCUGGUCUGUCACUUGGAAUCCGCACAAGAUGAUGGGUGUCCCUCUGCAGUGCUCUGUGAUUCUGGUCAAAAAGAGAGGGCUCUUACAUGACUGUAAUGAGUUGGGGGCUACAUACCUCUUCCAGAUGGACAAACCAUAUGAUGUGAGCUAUGACACUGGAGAUAAGAGCAUUCAGUGCGGCCGACAUGUUGAUGUCUUCAAACUCUGGCUCAUGUGGAAGGCAAAGGGUGCACAGGGUUUUGGAACUCAGGUCAACAAAUGUCUCGAGAAUGCUGAAUAUCUGUAUGAUCAACUGCAGAAGAGGGGAGAUUUUGAACUAGUCUUUCAAAACAAACCAGAGCACAGCAAUGUGUGUUUCUGGUACAUCCCUCCCAGUCUCAGAGGCCUGACCCCUGGACCUGACAGGGACACAAGACUCCAUCAGGUGGCCCCAAAGAUCAAGGGCAGGAUGUUGGAGAAGGGCAGCGUUAUGAUUGGCUAUCAGCCUUUGGGUCCCAAAGUCAAUUUUUUCAGGUGUGUGUUCUCCAACCCUGCCACACAGCAAGAAGACAUCGACUUCCUUCUGGAGGAGAUUGCCCGGCUAGGCCGAGACCUGUGACAGAGUACUUUCUUUUGUGUCACAACACUUUAUUAAGAUGGUGUGGACUCUUGUAACUGAUGAAUUUUCCUGCAAAUUAUAGGCACUUCUAUUGUAAACACUUCGCUUGUUAAAGUUUCUGGGCUGUCUUAUUUUUAUAUGUUUGAUAAUAAUUUGGAAAUUGAAGUCUACAAAGUAAACACAUGUAACCAUUGCUACACUGCUUUAGUGUUAACUAGCUUCAAAAUUUUGUGGGUCUUUGUUGGUUGUCUAGCAUUAGUUAAGUCCCACCUGUAAUUUUGUAACUUUGACAAUAUCUUUGACACAGCUAUUACACAAAUGAAAGUGUUAAGUGCAAGGAGCUACAUCUACUUAGUCAGUACUGAAGCUGCCAUGUAGCUCACUUACAGUUUUUUGGUGUAUUGGAUUGUGCUCUGGGGACUCAAAGGCGAUUUUAAAUUUGGUGCUUGUGCUGAACAGAAGUAUCACAGCCUAUUUUACUGUAGCAGUUUUAUUCAGCAACAUCACCCAUUUUUCUAGGAUGAUUUUAAUAACUUGGUACUUUUACAUUCUCCAUCAGUUUAUACUGGAAAUUGAAUGUUUUGUUUACUAGUUUUACAUUUUUACUGUUAAAUAGUCAACGAUUCUGCUUAGUUUGUGUGACCUGCUUGCAUUGUGCUGCCAAGGAUCCUUCAGAAAAAAAACCUGCAUUGGUCAAUUUUCUGACAUUUCUGUACAACUUCCUCUCAAUGUUGA